AUACGAACUCCAUGUGGGCGGCUGUACGAUCGAGAUCCCACAAUUUCUCAUUAUCUUCCCAAUCUCAUCUCUGGCAAUCAUGGAAGCUAGGGGUUUCUGGUUUGGACCGUACUUUCUCUUCUUCGUCAACCAUUGUUAACAAGAAUACGGAGAUAUUGAGUCUCCAAGAGGUGGAGAAGAUUCUCAACGACGUGAGAGCAGACAACGUGACUGUGAUUCCUACCAAAAACCAGUGUCAUUUUGCUGAUUUCAUGGUGAUUGCUACUGGUAGGUCACCAUGGCACGUAAGGAACAUCGCUCAGGCUCUAGUUUACAAGUUUAUUUUUUUAGGUAAAGUGAUCGUGCAUGCUCUUGAGGAGAAGGCUAGAGGAUAUUUCGAUUUGGAGGGUCUUUGGACCGUGAGGACAUCUCAAGAUGAGGGGGUUCAGGUAAUUUUUGAGGUUUACGGUAAUGUUAAUAUUGUUAGAUUUAUUUUCGGAGUGAAGUUGCAAUGUAGGGGAAAAAGGGGUAAUUUGGGGAAUAGCGAUUAGGGAUUUAAAAUCUGGGUCUGCUGGACUUUGAAGUCAUGGUUUAACCAGAAACUAGAGAGGAAAAUAUCUGAAAUCGUUUUGUUUUAUAUGAUAUGAUCUAGAACUAUAAAUUAUGAUGUGGGUAUAGGGUCUGCUUCUGAUACUUGACGUGCAUGUCAUACAGUUUGAUGAUCUGGAUCUAGGGGUUAUAAUAUAUGAUGAUAUAAAGAUGAUAUUGAAGACUCUCAUAAUCUAAGUUGAAAAAUAACACAUAAAUAGAAAUACAUUUUCUUAAAUGUAUAAAAUUUUGAAUAUUUUUGUAU